AUGUGCGGGGAGUGUGGGAAGGGGUACUCGUGGAUGGCCAAUCUUCGAAGGCAUCAAAGGCUCGAAUGCGGGAAGCUGCCCAAGCAUCGCUGGGGAAAACGAGCGGACCUGAGCGAUUGGUUCGUGAAGCAGGAGAACGAGUACGAGGUGCCCCAAACUCUGUUCGAGUUCGUUGCCAGCAGCUACGAAUUAGCGGAAGUGGAGGAGCGUAAGAAGGCCGCGAAGAGCGUGAUCUGCGAGGAAUGCGGGAAAAGUGAGAAGUCGGAGAGCUACUCGGAGAAAGAUCAAGAGGACGACGUGGAGGUAUGCGAGAUCUCGUUCCACGGCCAAUUGCCCAUGAAUUAUUUGCUGUGCGACUCGUCCAUCCUGAACACCGUGGAGACGAGCAUCCUUCGGAAGAACGUGAAAUCCCAUCAACAAUUUCGUUGCGACGGUUGCGACAGGGCGUACACGAGGAUGGACAGCCUGAAACGGCACCAGGCCAAGUGCGACGCCUCGUUGGAGAAGCUUCAAGAGGAGGUCGAGUGGCUGCAUAGGCAAAAGUUCUAUUGCAAUCAGUGUGGCAAGGGUUACAAGAGGCUUGACACGUUGAGGAGGCAUCAGAGAUUAGUUUGCGGCGACAAAGAGGGCGCCGCUGCAGCCACCGACAAAUCGACCACCUAA